GUAUAUAUAUACACACACUUGUAUCUACUACUCAUAUUUAUCAUUGGUGGUCUUUUUACUCCAUCUUAUAGGGUCAAUAAGAUUUCCAUAUCGGACUGCAGUUAUAGGUCAAAGAACAGAUUAGUUUCUCAUGUGUAAUCGCAAAUAACUCGACAGUAAGGAAAAGAACAUAGUUCAAAAUGAAUGUGCUGACUAAAGCUCGUACAAUUUCUAGUAAAUUAGGCAUUCGCUAUUACAGCGAAAAAGUUGGUAUAAUCGGAGUACCUUUUGACAAAGGACAGAAAAAGGAAGGAGUAGCUCAUGGACCUGAGGCGAUUAGAGCAGCAAGAUUGGUAGACGAAUUGAAAAUAUUAGAGUUGGACGUGCGAGAUUAUGGCAAUGUGUUCUACAGUGCAAACAAUAUAGAUGACGUAAAAAAUAUGUCACAUUUGGGUCAUGUGGCCAGUUGUAUGAGUAGUUUAUCCGAACAAAUUCGGCAAGUGUUACGCGACGGCAGACAGGCAUUAACGAUCGGUGGUGAUCAUAGCUUGAGCAUCGGUACAAUCGAUGGACAUGUCAAGGAAAGGCAGGAUGUGGCGGUGGUGUGGGUGGAUGCUCACGCUGAUUUAAAUACUAACAAAACCAGUGAGAGCGGUAAUGUGCACGGGAUGCCGGUAGCAUUGUUAACUACGGAGCUAGCCGAUUAUUGGCCGUAUUUACCGGGCAUGGACUGGCAA